GGCUGCAGGGAACCGCCGCGCGGGCUUGGAUUGUGCGGCGGGCACGAUCUCUGGGCCCUUGCCGCAGGCUUUGCGCCUCUCCCUGCCUCAGUUUCCCCCUUCGGGAGUAAGCCCAGCAUGCUGGGCUGGAGCAGCUGCACAAGCCGCGCGCAGUGAUGACGUGGCGGGUAAGGCCCUCGAGCCCCGGCGCCGCCUGUCAGAACCGCGGCGGCCCUCUUCUGUAAGCCGGAGCUACAGGUAGCUUGCUCUCUCCACAGGGGCUGACUGGAUGCAAGGCUACCGGCCAGAGGUGCUCGGCACACCAUAGUUGCCCAAUAAAUGCUUAUUGUUGGCAAGAUGGCGUGUGCAUACCUGGCACCUCGCUCCCCGGUCAGCCCCAAGCGCGUGUCCGCCCUUACUGAGCUGUGGCAUCACCCACUGGUGUGGCUCAGGUCCUGGGCUCCCGGUCCAUGAUGGAUAAGUCAGGAAAGGAAGGCCAGAAGGCACUGAGGCGGCGUUCGUGUGGUAACACAUCAAGACACCAGUUAUUUGUGCUUGUCCAAGAAUGUGGUGUGUGUACACGCGCGUGUGCAGGAGUGGUGGCCCAAACACUGGGUGUCCGGUGGCAACACACACUGGUAGUAGUGAACUGGUGGACUUCAUGGCCGAGAAGUUCCCGGCUUCACCUCUCUGAGCGGGUUUCCCCACCUGGAGGGGGCGGCAUGGAAACAUCACCUCCUGUGGUCAUGGUCUACUACUAAUAUAUUUAAUUCUGCUAUCCCACUGUGACGGGACAAGCGCUCCGGGCCCAGCCACUAGUCCAGAUGACACUCAUGCCGAUGGCUUCAGUGAUGGCAGUGGCUGAACCCAAAUGGGUCUCGGUCUGGGGCCGUUUCCUGUGGCUGACACUGCUGAGCAUGGCCCUGGGGUCGCUGCUGGCCCUGCUGCUGCCCCUGGGAGCCGUGGAAGAGCAGUGUCUGGCUGUGCUCAGAGGUUUCCACCUGCUCAGGAGCAAACUGGACAGGGGCCAGCAUGUGAUCACCAAGUGCACCAGUCCAUCCACAGAGCUCAGCGUCACCUCUGGGGAUGUGGGGCUGCUGACUGUCAAGACUAAGACAUCUCCAGCAGGGAAGCUGGAAGCCAAGGCUGCACUGAACCAAGCCCUGGAGAUGAAGCGUCAGGGCAAGAGAGAGAAAGCCCACAAGCUCUUCCUGCACGCCCUCAAGAUGGACCCUGGCUUCGUAGAUGCGCUCAAUGAGUUUGGCAUCUUCUCAGAAGAAGAAAAGGACAUCAUUCAGGCAGAUUACCUAUACACCAGGGCACUGACAAUUUCACCCUUCCACGAGAAAGCGCUGGUCAACCGGGAUCGGACGCUGCCGCUCGUGGAGGAGAUUGACCAGAGGUACUUUAGCAUCAUCGACAGCAAAGUGAAGAAGGUCAUGUCCAUACCCAAGGGGAGCUCAGCGCUGCGCAGGGUCAUGGAGGAGACCUACUACCACCACAUCUACCACACGGUGGCAAUCGAGGGCAACACCCUCACCCUCUCAGAGAUCAGGCACAUCCUGGAGACCCGCUACGCUGUGCCGGGAAAGAGCUUGGAGGAGCAGAACGAGGUGAUUGGCAUGCAUGCGGCCAUGAAGUACAUUAACACUACCCUGGUCUCCCGCAUUGGGUCUGUCACCAUCGAUGACAUGCUAGAGAUCCAUAGAAGGGUGCUGGGGUAUGUGGAUCCAGUGGAGGCGGGAAGGUUUCGGAGGACCCAGGUCCUGGUGGGACACCACAUCCCACCGCAUCCCCGGGACGUGGAGAAGCAAAUGCAGGAGUUCACACAGUGGCUUAAUUCAGAGGACGCCAUGAAUCUGCACCCGGUUGAGUUCGCAGCCUUGGCCCAUUACAAACUUGUGUACAUCCACCCUUUCAUCGAUGGCAACGGGAGGACCUCCCGCCUGCUGAUGAACCUGAUCCUGAUGCAGGCAGGGUACCCCCCUAUCACCAUACGCAAGGAACAGAGGUCAGAGUACUACCAUGUAUUAGAAGUCGCCAACGAGGGUGACGUGCGGCCCUUCAUCCGCUUCAUUGCCAAGUGUACGGAGGUCACAUUGGACACACUGCUCCUUGCCACCACUGAGUAUUCCGUGGCACUGCCGGAAGCCCAGCCCAACCACUCUGGGUUCAAGGACACACUCCCCGUGAGGCCCUAAACCGCUAGCUAGCCCUCCCCUUUGGCGACAAGGGAAGCCAGGAGAUGGCAUCCAAAGAACAGCUUUCUAGAAACAGCUCUCCCCAGUAGCAAAAGGAGAUAUUUAAACAUUCUUUACCUCCAGAUGUUUUUUAGUUGAGAAAGAAAACUAAAUUAUCAAGCCUUGUCUUUAGGAUAAUUUAUUCUUCAGCCUAGCUAUUUAUUUUCCUGAGCGACCUAGCAGUGCCAAGUGGUGCUGUGAGCACUGCAUCUGUGGUGAUCCCAGUGCCCUGCAGAGGCAGCCCUGCUCCCUCCUCUUAUGUCCUGAGCCUGGGCUCUGGACAGAAUUUGCACUAAGGUGGAGGCAGAGGGGCCACGGGGCCACUCAGAUGCCUUUGAGGUCCUGUGACUUCAGAGGGCUGUAGUCCUGAGCAAAACCUGCCCUGUUGUGAUGGACUUUCACUCCUGAGACAGGAAGCAGACACUGCCAUCUCCAGAGGGAGACUGCAGAUUCCCAGAGACCCCCAGAGCCACUAACUUGCUAGCCUGACCAGCAGGGAUGUUAUUUUCCUAUCUAGAUCUUUCAAGAGAGCGGCCAGCGUGGCUUUUUCUUUCUUCUGAACUUCACUCCAUCAACUCAGACCAGAUGUUUUAGACAAGCUUUUCAGCCUGCCCCAUCACCCCAUAAAGCAAGUCUAAACAAAGACCCCAGACAAUGGAUCUGAGGGCUUGGAGGUGAGGCUCAGUGAUAGCACCUACAUAGCACGUGCCAUGCCCCAGGCACCACCUCUAACAAAAAAAAAAAAAAAAAAAAAAAAAAAAAAACCUAAGAUAUCACACCAACCCCAAAUAAGCAUUCCUGAUAAAAGAAUUAAAACAAACACCUGUGAGCACAGCCCAGCCCCGGUCCCUUUUGUCCUGUGUUUUUAAACCACCUUCUCCUAUAAAGCCAUUAUAGGGUCUAACUUCCCCUAGGAUAGGUGGUUGCCUUGGAGUGGCUUUGCUUUGCUAGUAACCUGUAAAGCGAUAGUGUUCAGCCUGAUAAAUGCAUUUCCAAUCAUACAUGGCUAAGUGCCCGUUUGCUGCUAUUUAGUCAGAAUGGCUAGAGAUCACUGGGUUUUGUUCUGAGGUACAGCCUAGGAGUCCCAAGCACACUGCACUUUCUCUGUUUGAAUGAUGGUAAAUUCAUUCCAGGUGUCAAACCUCCAGGUCGGCGCUGCCAACUGAAGUGUCAGUGUUCAGAUGCUCAGUGGUAGUUCCGAGGGGCUGAGAGGAGUGGAAAGGCGAGUGCAUGCAUUAAGUCUCACGACUGCUCGCCAGCGCACGGCAGUACAGCCCCAAGCCCCAAGCUCCUUGCUCUUCUCUGCAGCAUCCCGAGUCACAGGGUGCUUGCUUGGUCCUGUAGUGAGAACCUGCACUUUAGCUACAUGUGGAAGAUAUUUUAACAAAUUACUGGUUCUAAUAAAGUAUUUUAUUACAUAAAA